UUAAAAAGAAGAAUACAUGCUUUCUUUCAUGGGUAAACUUAGUGAUCUGAGAUUCAAGAAUUGUGUACAAAGUGCAUUCUAAUGUGAAGAAUUGCUCGUACGAAUUUGCGAUGCCGUAACUUUUAAUGAUGUCAACUGUAGCUCAGUCAUCUAAAGGAUGAAUUCCAGUUUUACUGCUUACUUAUUCUCAGAUAAACCGAAGAUUACAACAGAGAAAAAAAGUGUGAGUAUAAAGAAACGAAUGGUAAUUGAAGACGACAUGAAGAAAUAUUGGGGAUUUUAUCUUCUACGGGGUUCCACAGUCAGGUUGGGGGGUUGUGCUAGGUGGCCUGGUAGUUCUGUUGUUGUUGUUCAAGGAUCAGAGGAUGCCAGAAGAUGUGCUUGGUUGGGAGAACUUGACAGUACAGAGGAGAGCGAUGAGUUUAGUAAUGAAGAUGAGGAUAUUAAUGACCAGGAUGAUGAUUUUGUGAAUUAUGUUCAAGAAAGUGUGACAGCAGAAGUACCUCUUGAUACUCUAGAACUGAGCCCCAAAGAGGAAUUAUCUCCAAUAUCUAAACUAGUGAAAGCAGUUAGGAAUCUACCGGAGGAUGAAAGAAAAAUAUUUUUCAGAGAGUUUUUGUACGGUAUUGAACACGUUUCAACCCAUGGAAACCUCUCAAAUAACAGGGCUAGGGAAUCUUUAGAGAAACUGUUUAACAGGUAAAACCGUAUAGCACAAGAAAGCCAUAUGUGUUUG